UAUCAAGGCCACAUACAUCCCAUCCAGACAACGUGUUCCCCCUAAACGGGAAAGAGAGAAGAGAGGUAGUAGCGAGGAGCGAAGGAUGCACCAAAGUAUUUGCAAAAAUAAAAAAUAAAAAUAAAAAAAAAGAUCAAAAGACAAGGAAAGAAAAGAAGAAGAAGAAAAAAAAAAACCAUAAAAGGAGGCCAAGACGGACAAAAUAAAAAUAAAAAAUAAAAUAAAAAGCACUUUUUCUGACUCGUAUCCUUGCGCCGCCCCAUGAUUUCGAGGAAGAGGAUGUGGAAGGACACGAUCAAGAAUGGAACAAGUCCCGUCAACAACCCCAAGAAAAAAGGGGGAGAGAAAGAAGGAAGUCGGUUCGGCUGCCUGCGCCCCCCCUUAUCUCGACCCGUUCCCCAAAACCGUCAACACCCACCCGUUAUUGAUUCAUGUUAUCAUUUUUUCCUCUUCCCUCUUUUUCUUUUUCUCUGUCUCUGUUUUCUCUCUUUUUUUUUCUUCAAAAUCUUCCUCGUUCUGUCGUCAAUACAUGAAUAUAUCCUAUUUUGGUUAUAUGACCUGAUAAUACCUAACCCAUUUCUUCGAAAAAAUAAAAAAAGAUGCUCGCUCCGGGUCCCGAUGCAACGCUUGAAGUUCCUGUUGUUUUGUUUUUUUCGACGACGUAAAGCUCGUGUUGCCGCUGUAACGUUCUUCGUGUCUCGAAAAAAAGGGGGCUAAAUAACAAACAAAAGAAAAACAAAACCGUGAGAAGGUAUUGUAAUGGCGGACUCAAGUACCCAACUGGGAUCUUGAUCUCG